GCGCCUUGCACGGAGCCGCCCCUCGCCGCCCGCCGGGAUGUGGAAGCUGGUGUCCGCCACAGGAAAAGGAGAGCCGUAUUGGCUUUUAAGCGGUACAGAAUAUGUUGUUGGACGCAAAAACUGUGCAAUUUUAAUUCAGGAUGAUCAGUCCAUCAGUCGAAGCCAUGCGGUUCUGACAGUAAGUCGUCCUGAAACAACCCCUAGCCAGUCUCUGCCAGUCCCUGUAUUAACGGUAACAGAUACAUCCAAGUAUGGUACCUUUGUUAAUGGGUCAAAACUUGAUGGCACUUCAGUGUCUUUGCAGUCUGGUGACAGAAUCAACUUUGGAGUCUUUGAGAGCAAGUUCAGAGUAGAAUAUGAACCUUUGGUCGUCUGCUCCUCGUGUUUAGAUACAGCUCAGAAAACUGCUUUAAACCAAGCCAUCUGGCAGCUUGGAGGCCUUGUUGUGAAUGAGUGGACAAAGGAGUGUACUCACCUUGUGAUGGUAUCAGUAAAAGUUACCGUUAAGACUAUAUGUGCUUUAAUUUGUGGUCGACCAAUUAUAAAGCCAGAGUUUUUUGUUGAAUUAAUCAAAGCUAUUCAGUCCAGGCAGCAGUUGCCAAAACAUGAAAACUUUUAUCCUCCCGUUGAUGAGCCUUCCAUUGGUACUGAAAAACUGGAUUUAUCUGAGCAUCAUGAAAGGAAAAAAAUAUUCAGUGGAAAAACUUUUGUAUUUCUAACUGCCAAGCAGCACAAGAAGCUGGGUCCAGCAGUUAUUCUCGGAGGAGGGGAAGCAAAGUUGAUGACGGAAGGAAGAAAAGAACCAUCUUUCCUAACUUCUCCUGAAGUUUGUGUUGUUGAUGUGGGGUUGACAAACUCUCAGGUGCCAGAAUCUGACUCCGCAAGAAACUGGACUGAUUCCGUUCUGGCUGUCUUGAAAAGCAAGAAUAUCAGGGCUAUUCCCGAGGCAGAAAUCGGAUUGGCAGUUAUCUUCAUGUCGACGGAAAAAUACUGCAACCCUCAAAAGCAGCUUGGUAACAAAGCUGUAAGCACGAGUAUUCCUGCCUCAGGGGUUGUUGCUGGGCGAGCCAUUUCCCAGAGUCUGGCUGUGGAUGAAACCAUGAUGGCAACUGCUGCGGAGGACAGCACGGCAUACGUGGCUGAUACAGAAAUAGAAGAGCAGGCACGCAUGGAGAUAGAGAAUACUCCCCUGAUGGAAAGAAGAGGGCAAAUGGUUUUCCACGAUACAAUCACUGUAAAGAAAAACCCCAGCACAAGCAGCAGUGUAAAUGCAGGAGCAUCGGUAUCUAGAGUGAACAGAACAUCUGGGUUUAGUCAAAAAAGUCAACCUGUCUCACCAUCCAAGAUUUCAGAAGCUGGUAAACCUAGUGAGUGUGCUUCACGUCACCAGUCCAACUCAAUUGCAAAUUACUUCCAGGUAGCCAGAAAAAGGGAAAGAGCAGAAGAAGGAGAAGAAACAUCUGUAUCCAAACUAGCAAAAGUAGAGAAAAGGUCAUCGCCUGUUUCCCAGUGCACCGAACGCGAAGCUGCAUCAGUGUGGAACAGUGAAGCACAACAGCAUCAAAAGGAAAAUAAAACUGGGGACCCAAACCCACAUUUGGCAUUAGAAGACACGGGUAUAAAGUUGACACGAGGAAGUGGUAAACUAGGGACUGAUAAACCAGAUGCUAGAACUGCUUCUAGUGAAAAGCCUGCACUGAAGAGAAAGGAGUUAGAUGAUUUAUCUGAAGAUACAGAGGCACUAGAAAUUGUGUUUGGAAGCAGAGACUUAGACUGGGAAGAUCAAAUGGCAGAUCAUGACCAGGAAGCUCAGGGAAAUACACGAAAAAAAAGAUGUCUGGAAGCUAAAGGAAGCAGGGCUCAAGAAGUAAACAUAAAACAGAGAGAGGAGAAUAAAACAUUGAAAGAAGAGGAACUUGAAUCGGUUCUAACUUCAGAAAUGAAAAGCGAGAUCAAGCAAGAGCUGCCAGUCUUGAACCGCCAUGAACUGCAGGAUGACUCCAGCAAUCUUCCCAGCAGACUUCUCUUGACUGAGUUUAGAUCACUGGUUGUCAGCCAUCCAAGACAGAGCAGUCAGCUGACUGGAAAUGCCAGCUAUGGAGGAAAGAAGAAUUUCAAAACCUUCAAAAAGGUAUCUUAUCCCGGGGCAGGACAACUUCCCUACAUUAUUGGAGGAUCAGAUUUGAUUGCUCACCAUGCUAAAAAGAAUUCAGAGCUAGAGGACUGGUUAAGGCAAGAAAUGGAGGAGCAGAACCGACAUGCAAGAGAAGAAUCGCUUGCUGAUGAUCUCUUCAGAUACGAUCCUAAUGUGAAAAGGAGAAGAUAAAUUGUGACCUGAAUUUACGGAGAUUCUCUAGCAAAAUCUGCAUUCUGUUCCUUAGGCUUGCUGGUUACAGCCUGUAAUCUGUCAUUGUAAGACUUGUUUUUAAGUCUUGCUUUUUUAUUAAAGAAAAAGAGAUGUUUCUUUCACUGCUUGGUAAUUACGGGUUGCACUUUUUCAAGACCUUUGCAUUAUUUGCUUUGGAGUAAUGCUCAGUAAAAUACUGCAGAUACUUAA